GUCAUUCAUUGGUUUAUUUUCGUCAUUUCGUUUGUGAAUUGUAUUCAAGAUAUACUUUGGAGUUACAAAAUUAUUUGUAUCCUUGAACCUAUAUUAAAGGACAUUUUUGUAAAGCUUUAUAUUAGAGUUAUUAUUUUUUUUGUCAGUAGUGCAAAAUAUGAAGCAUUAAAUAAAUGUUUUGAUAAAUUUACUUGCAUUGUUCUUGUAAACUGAUAUUUUUUUUUGCGUUUCUGGGACGAAUUCAAGAAUGCGUAGAUAGUGGCCUUUGCGAAGCUAUUUGACGUAGAAAAUAACAAAUAGUGUUAAGCUAAGAACACAUAAAAUGGCACAGUUUGGUAGACGUGGUGUUACGUAUAGUGCAUUGAACAACGAAUUAACUCCACCUUUGGCGGGAUUAGUGGAGAAUAUAAAUGCUGCCCCAACCAUGAUCACACUAGACCACGAACAUGAAGAUGCAACAAUUGGUAACUUUGUUAUCCACAAAGUACCAAAAAACAAAGGAGGAUGGACUCACAUAGAAGAUUUAGAUUCAUUUUUUACAAGAAUGUACAGAUAUUACAUACGUGGGGGUUUCUAUCCAAUGAUAAUGUCAGAUCUGUUUUCACUAUUACAAUUUAUAUUUAUUGUGUGGUUUUCUACAUUUCUUGUACACUGUGUAAAUUAUCCAAGACUAUUUAGAAAUGAUGAUUAUGCAAAUAGAACAAGAAAACUCACUUUGGAUGAAGUCAUAUAUUCAUCACAAGAGUGUGUUGAGAGAGUAUCAUGGACAUGGUGGAGCCUGGUGGCACUGUGUGGCUUAAUAUGGUUCAUGAAGUUAGUUAUAUCAGUAUACCAUCUUUAUUAUGCAUAUGACACUAAAUUAUUUUAUAAUAAUGCCUUAAAAAUUAGAGAGAGUGAUUUAGCAUGGGUGAAUUGGUCUACUAUUCAAGAUAGAGUGAGAGAAGCUCAACCGGAGCAUCAUAUGUGUGUCCAUAAACAGGAAAUCAACGAACUAGACAUAUAUCAUAGAAUUCUCAGGUUUAAUAAUUACAUGGUUGCAAUGGUGAAUAAAAAUUUACUUCCUCUGCAAAUUUACAUACCUUGCAUAGGACAUUUUCACUAUCUAUCAAGAGGCUUGAAAUGGAAUUUGGAGUUUUUAUUAUUUUUUGGCCCUUCUAGUCCAUGGGAAAACUGUUGGCAACUUCGGGAGGUGUACAAAGAUCAUACGAAUCGAAUGCAAUUAGCGCGACAACUCGAGAAACAAAUAAUUCUAUUGGCUUUUAUUAAUUUACUCCUGGCGCCGCUCAUACAAGCAUGGCAGAUACUUUACUUCUUUUUCAAUUAUGCUGAGUUAAUAAAACGUUCGCCCGGUUCGCUGGGGCUGCGCACUUGGUCGCUGUACGCUCGUAUCACUCUGCGCCACUUCAACGAACUCGAACACGAGUUACGCGACCGGCUCAAUCGUGCCCACAAGCCUGCCACCAAGUACCUAGCUAGCUUCACGUCGCCCAUCACAACAGUUAUAGCCAAAAAUGUGGUGUUUCUGUCGGCGAGCGUGCUGGGCGUACUAGUAGUACUAUCGGUAUACGAUGAGGACGUGUUGACUGUGGAACACGUACUCACUAUCAUUACUAUACUGGGAUGCAUACUCGCUGGUGCCAGGGCUUUGAUAGGUGAAGAGGAGCGCAUAGGUGGGGGGUGCACUGGUCCAGCGCGCGGUGAGGAGUUGUUCAUACAAGUGCUCGGUCACGUGCAUUACUUGCCGGCCGCGUGGCGUGGACGUGCCCACACUAAGGACGUAGCGGCUCACUUUCAGCAGUUGUUCCAGUUCCGCGCGGUAUACAUUUUGUUUGAGCUGCUCAGUCCGCUGUUGUGUCCACUAGUACUGUUCUCCAUGCGUUCACGUGCUCUAGACAUCGUUGAUUUUUAUCGAAAUUUCACUGUCAAAGUGCACGGCAUUGGAGACGUAUGUUCCUUCGCUAAGCUGGACAUUCCUCGGCACGGUCAUCCCGACUGGCAAGGUCUCAGGAAGUAUAGUGAGAAGCCAAAGAGUGGCAACACUCAGUAUAAUCAGGGCGAGGGUGGUAAGACGGAAUUGUCUUUGGUCGCGUUUUCAUGUCGGCACCCUGGCUGGCAGCCGGACGAGCCCGCUCAGCGACAGUUCUUGCGUUCACUGCGCCAAAGUAUGAACCACGCUUUACCUGUCAACAAUCCCCUGAACAAAACUAUGUUGGGGUCUUAUAUUCAGCAGAGUAUAUUUGGUGCUAACACACCCCUUCCCGCCGUGCUUUCGUUUUAUCAACAACAGAGACAACCUUACAAAUUACCCGAAAUGGACGAAACUAGCGAUGAAGAGGAAUCCCCUGGUCCGGCCACGUCUCACUCGAACACCAGGUCUCGUUCGUUAGGGCUCGCGGGCGUCGGUUCCUCUUUGGGCGCCAGUAUUUUGGGACUAGAAGCGCCCGCCGUCGAACCGCCGUGCGACGAGACCAAAGAUAUGUCCGUUAGCACGUUGCAUCUGUACGAUCUGCAUUUGUCACAGGCCGGUACCAACGUGUCAGCGUGUUGCACUAACAAUUGCAGCGAGAGGCGACGCAGUGAUCACAUGUGGACCGGUGAAGAUACCCCCCUCCUACAUCGCCCAUAACACUGGUUUAGACCCGACAAUCACCCCGUCUGGGUGUAGGUGAAAAACUUUAACACCACCCACGUUAGACUGUCAAAUUGCAAACUACAGU